GAAAACUCAAGACAGUGAGUGUGUUAAAAUAAUAUCAUAAACGUAUGAAUUUAUUGAAACUGCGUUCAACAUUUGGCACGUGUAAUUUGUAAACCUGGAAGUGGAAGAGAUGGCAUCCAAGGAAGAGGAUGUAAACAUGGAAACUGUAGAUGAGAUUGACGAGAACAGCAGUAAUCUUGGACAGUCAAGCCAAAAAAAAGUGUACCUUCCAGGAGAAAAACUGAACGAUGAUGAAGAACUAGUCUGCGAUGAAUCAGCUUAUAUUAUGUAUCACCAAGCACAAACAGGGGCUCCAUGCUUAAGUUUCGACAUUCUGCAAGACAGCCUUGGUGACAAUCGUGUGGAAUUCCCCAUGACGUGUUACACUGCGGCUGGCACUCAGUCACAGAGAGGUCACGUGAACAGCAUCAUUGUGAUGAAGAUGAGUAACCUACGCAAAACACAGAAGGAGAAGAAAGAUGACGAAGAUGAAGAAGAAGAAGAAGAAAGUGAUAGUGAAGAUGAAGAUGAAUUGCCAGAAAUGGAGACUGCACUUGUUAAACAUACCGGAAGUGUCAACAGAAUACGGACGACUGUGCUAGGAGACAAACACUUUGCAGCUACCUGGUCAGAGAAUGGCAAGGUUUACAUCUGGGAUCUCUCACGUCCAGUAAAUGCCGUCAACGACUCAAGCGUUAUGACUGUUUACACCCGGAAUGAGGAAUCUCCAGCCCCUGUUUUUGUAUUCGCAGGUCACCAAAUUGAAGGAUUUGCUCUCGAUUGGUGCAAGACAACUGAAGGACGGCUAGCUACUGGGGAUUGUAAGAAAAACAUUCACCUGUGGAAUCCACGUGAAGGAGGGACGUGGAAUGUAGACCAGAGGCCCUACACGGCACACACCGACUCUGUGGAAGAUAUACAGUGGUCUCCCAAUGAAGAUAAUGUGUUUGCCUCGUGUUCUGUGGAUCGCUCGGUAAGAAUAUGGGAUGCGAGAGUGGCCCCGAACAAAGCGUGCAUGCUCACAGUAAAAGAUGCACACACUAAAGACGUGAACGUCAUACACUGGAACAGGAACGACCCGUUCAUCGUCAGCGGUGGAGACGACGGCUACCUCAAAGUCUGGGAUCUCAGAGAGUUUAAGCAUGGGAAACCUGCAGCAACAUUCAAACACCACACAUCUCCGAUAACGUCGGUGGAGUGGCAUCCGACCGACAGUUCGGUGUUUGCUUCCUCGGGAGCCGACGAUCAGAUAACAAUAUGGGACCUGUCUGUGGAACCCGAUACCGAGAUGACCGAAUCGUCGGAACCCGAACCCGACGUCCCGCCACAGUUACUAUUUAUUCACCAGGGACAGAAAGACAUUAAAGAACUCCACUGGCAUUCUCAGCUGACGGGAGUCAUUCUGAGUACGGCAAGCAGUGGGUUCAACAUAUUCCGAACGAUCAGUGUGUGAUAAUAAAAAAGAAAACAAAACAUGUUUAUAAUCAUGAUGGUCUGUGAUGUAGUUAUUGGUUUGGUUCAGACAUGACUUUGGGUUUUAGCUCAACGUAAAACAUAACAAAAAAAAACCCAAACGUUUGUUCGCCUAUCAAAUGCUGUGGACCUCCGACACACACCCUACCCCCAUCUCUACACGAGUUACAUUUCAUAAUUAAUAAUAAUAACUUAUGAUAAAUAUAGUAAUACAGUGAAACUCCUCUAAACCGGACAGGCUCAGAACCAAGUAAAAAGUCCAGUCUUAAGAGGUAUCAGCUUUACAGAGGUUCUCGUCUGCACAGAUAUUUAAAAAGGGACCAUGAAAAACUUCCAGUUUUCAGAGAAUUCUGGUUUAUAGAGGGCCUGGUUUUGAGAGGUUUCACUGUAAUAAAUAAUAAUAAUAGUAAUACAUUUAUUUAUAUUAAAACCGAAGUAUAUAUAUACUUAAAUACUUCAUAUUGAUACUAAAUUGCAGGGUUGGGGACAAGGUCGAAAUAUAUUUUCUGUGAAAGAAUGACCCAACCCCUCUAAAACUGUCACUUGUCAUAGUCUAAAUCCCAUUCUACACAAUGCCUGCACUGUGCAUGGAAAGAAAUGUUUUAUUUAAUGAUACACACUACAUUUUAUUUACAGUUACAUGGUGUCGGACAUACGGUUAAGAACCACACCUGUAUUGAGAGAGGAAUUUGUGUUAAUAUUGUUAAUUAAUCCUAAACCCGUGAACAUAUUAAACAUUUUAAUUUUAACUUUCUUAAUUUUAGGCUCAAUAUUUGUUUUAUAAAAUUUAUUUUAUUUUUAUAUUUGAGCCAGUGGCUGAGUCUACUUAAUGCCACUGUAUUUAAGAAGAAAAAACCCUUUUAAUUUUACUUUUUUUAUCAAAAAAUGUAUCGGUUUCACAUCACCAUUUAAUUGUCAGUGCAUUUGUCAUUUUUCCCAUUUCGUGGUAUUUUGUAUGCAGCAUUUUUCUGGCUUUGUUUGAGUCUGAUCCACCAAGCCACUCUGUGUACAGCUGUUCAAUUCCAAUGACAUCAUUUGGUUCCAGUUUUCAGUGAGGAAUAAAGUUCACUAACUCUU